CCCCCUGUAACCCGACAAGCCCCCCAAGCUGCCAACCGCCCUCUCUUGAGGAAAAUUGGCAAAAGCUUAAAUUUUUCCCUUGCUUUCUUGUCCAAGAACAAGAAUUAGGACCUAGAAGCCUCUUGAAGCAAGAAAAAUCCCAGAUCUAGCUACCUUCCUCCUCCCCUAUCGUCGGUUUCAGCUUGGUGUGGGUGUGAAUUUCUUGGUUUCUGGUUGCCGUGAGUUGCUCCAUUUCUUUUUCCCCGUCGGCUUCCUUCCCAGCUGGACCCGGUGCUACUUGCCGAAAGAUUUUGGGUUCUUGAGUGUUCUGUUACCCGAGCACUUGGCUUGAGUUUUCGGUAUUACGUGAUUUGAGGUAAGUAAAUUACGGUAACACCUUUAAAUUUUAAAGCAUAUUUUAAAUUGUUUUUAAGAUGGUUGUAACGUUUAAAUUGAUUUUAUUAGCACCAAGUAUGAUUGGUUUGAAAUGGAAUUAUUUUCAUUUUCAUUGAGUAGUCAUUGAGUAGAGCACGCCUACUUGGAGUUUACUGAACUACUUUGAUGAUCGCCGAUCGCUAACCGAUGGGGAAAACGUUCUUUGCCUUUGUGGUUGUCACGCUCCAAAACCCAAAUCCGAGAACGUGGCAGACGCCGUGCACUUGUGAACGGAUCUCACGAAUGCACAAGGCUCAAAACUUAUCCAAUUCAUGUCUGACAAUACAAUAACCUAGAUCGAAUAUUUCAAAAUUAGUUCUAUGUCCAACAUGACUUAAACUCAAAAUCUCAAGGUCAAAUCUUUUGUAAACUAACAGUCCAUUAAAUGAAUGUAUAAAAUCUCAGAUUAAACUUUAGUUUACAAGAUCAUGAUCUAUAUCUCAAAUCUAUAUUCACUUUACAAAAUGGCUAGCCUUAUAACUCGUCACUCCCCUUGGUUUCCCGUCCUCAGUUUCACUUCCUGAAAUGGUGAACAAGGAAAACUAUGAGAUAACUCAGUAAGUAAAUAUGGAUAGCCCUUGAGUAAAAUUUUAGCAUGCCUGAUAAACAGUUUAACGUAUCAAAACGUUCAAUGAUAAACCAUUAAAACAGAAUUAGAUUCAGUUCAAUAACAAAAUGUUUCAUGACAAAUCAUUAAUGCAGAAGAAAAUUCAGUAGUAGUCUCAUCUAUAAGUCAUGGCUAGCGUUUAUAAACCUCCCACUAGCGGGCACAGUAGUAACCAAUGGUUAACCCCAUUGGCAGGGUUACAGAAGUACCAGUGUUUAACAAACUUCCACCGGCAAGCGUCAGUAAUGGUACUAAUGUUUAACAACUCCUAUUGGCAGGCGUCAGUAAUUACCAAUAUAUUUGCCCAUUGGCAGGCGUCAGUAGUACCAGUGUUUAACAAACUCCCACUGGCAAG